UCCGAACGACAACCGCUAUCACUGUGUGAAAGGGAGACUUUUUGUUGGUCCCCACGGUGACUGGAAAAGUGUUGGAAAAAGAUCAAAGAACAUACGCAUUAAGAUAUGUCGUGGCAUCCAGUGGAGGAAUCACGUCUCGACAAUGACUCUCUCCUCGACCUAAACGUGGACAUUGGCGCCGGUAACCCCUCGAAUCCAGGAGCGAGACAAACAACCGCCAACCCUUUCACCUCGCAAACUUCAUUCGACGAUUUUACGAAUGUUGGGACUAGCCAUGGUGGGGGAGGAUUGAGUCCGCAAGAUCCGUUUGCGACGCCAGGAAGGGGGGCUCAGACACCCAUGGGUCAGAACCCAAAUCCAUUUCUAGGGUAUGAGGAUGACCUCCUGGACGAUGAUUUGGAGCCCGUAUACGGGAACGCCGGUCAACGCGCCGCAGACGGCGACGUUCGCGCCUACGGUGACAUGGAAGUCGACGACGCGACGGGUCCAGGCGGUGUCUACGGUACCCUCCGUGGCGCGGUAAACAAACUCACGGGCGGAUAUGCUAUGCAGAAUGAUAGCGACAUGGAUAUACCGCUGACUAAUGCGCGGGCACCAACUGGGAUGAGUAUGGCGCGGAACGCGGAUACGUUGAGUUUGGAGAGUGCGGAGGGGAUUGCUAUGGGUGAGAUGGGGCCUGGUUUGACGAGGGAGAGGGCGAGACCGAAGGCGACGUGGAAGGAGAGGGUUGAGAGUUGGGGAAGGAACCUGGGGAGAAGGGGCCCGGAUCCGAGCACCCUUGGUCCCAGGAUUAUUCAUCUGAAUGAUGCGCCGGCGAACAAUGUCAACAAGUAUGUCGACAACCAUAUUUCGACUGCCAAGUACAACCUCGCGACGUUUGUGCCGAAGUUCUUGUUUGAGCAGUUCUCGAAGUACGCGAACUUGUUUUUCUUGUUUACGGCGAUCAUUCAGCAGGUCCCGACGGUUUCUCCGACGAAUAGAUGGACUACAAUUGCGCCGUUGGCUUUUGUGUUGUUGGUUUCGGCGUUCAAGGAGUUGGUGGAAGAUGUUAAGCGUCAUCAGCAGGAUCGAGAACUCAACAGGUCUAGGGCUUCGGUGUUGGAGGGUAACACCUUUGUUGACCGUAGAUGGGUGAAUGUUAGGAUUGGUGAUAUGGUCAAGGUGGAGUCCGAAGAGUACUUCCCCGCUGAUCUCGUCUUGAUCUCAUCGUCCGAACCAGAAGGUCUUUGCUAUAUCGAGACGGCUAAUCUCGACGGUGAGACAAACCUAAAGAUUAAGCAGUCUUUGCCUGAGACGGCUGAUCUUGUUUCCCCUGCUCAGGUCGGUUCGCUUGUCGGUCGUAUUGAGUCUGAGCAGCCUAACAACAGUCUCUACACCUACGAGGCUACCCUGAACCUCCAAUCUGGUGGACAAGAUAGGAAGAUCGCGCUUGGUCCUGAUCAGUUGUUGUUGCGUGGUGCGCAGUUGAGGAAUACUCCUUGGAUCUAUGGUAUCGUCGUCUUCACCGGUCAUGAGACGAAGUUGAUGAGAAACGCUACUGCUACGCCUAUCAAGCGCACGGCGGUUGAGAAGAUGGUCAACAUUCAGAUCGUCUUCUUGUUCAGCAUUCUCAUCGUUUUGUCUCUCGUUUCCAGUAUCGGAUCAACUGUGAAGGAGUUCGUUCACGGAGAUUCGCUUUCUUAUCUUGAGUUGGCCGGUGUUAACCAGGUCGGGUCGUUCUUCCUGGACAUCUUGACAUUCUGGAUUUUGUACUCCAACUUGGUUCCUAUCUCUCUGUUCGUGACGAUCGAGUUGGUUAAAUAUUAUCAAGCUUUCUUGAUUGAUUCUGAUUUGGAUAUGUACCAUGAGGAGACGGACACUCCUGCCGUCUGCAGAACUUCGAGUUUGGUGGAGGAGUUGGGUCAGAUUGGGUUCAUCUUUUCCGACAAGACUGGUACGCUUACUUGCAAUGUCAUGGAGUUCAAGCAGGCUUCUAUCGGAGGUAUCCCGUAUACGGAUGUCGUACCGGAAGACAGACGACCUGCGCCCGGAGACACCACGGAUCAGAAUGCUUUGUAUGACUUUGAUGCAUUGCAGACGAACCUGAAAACUCAUGAGACUUCGGAGAUCUUGGACCAUUUCUUGACGUUACUGGCAACUUGCCAUACCGUCAUUCCGGAACGCAAGGCUGAUUCUGACGAGAUCAAGUAUCAGGCUGCUUCUCCCGAUGAGGGGGCUCUUGUGGAUGGUGCGAGGAAGCUUGGCUACAAGUUCGUCACUCGUCGUCCAAGGUCCGUCUGCGUGGAGGUCAACGGCGAGGAGCGUGAGUACGAGGUGUUGAACAUUAACGAGUUCAACUCCACGCGUAAGAGAAUGUCUGCAGUUUUGAGGUGUCCAGACGGAAAAAUCCGCCUGUAUAUCAAGGGUGCCGAUACUGUUAUUAACGACCGCUUGGGACCCAAUCAGGUGUUUAAGGAGAUUACAGAACAGCACAUGGAGGAGUAUGCUACUGAGGGUCUCCGUACACUUUGUCUGGCUAUGCGCGAGGUUCCUGAGAGUGAAUAUCUCUCGUGGGCGAGAGACUACGACAAAGCCGCCACGAGUUUAGACAACCGUGCGGAGAAGCUGGAGGCUGCCGCUGAGAGAAUCGAGAAGGAUCUGUUCUUGCUCGGUGCUACUGCCAUCGAGGAUCGUUUGCAAGACGGUGUUCCUGACACUAUUCACACUCUGCAGACUGCGGGUAUCAAGGUUUGGGUUCUUACCGGUGACCGACAGGAAACUGCCAUCAACAUUGGAAUGAGUUGCAAAUUAAUCAGUGAGGAUAUGAGUCUGAUCGUUAUCAACGAAGAGUCUUUCGCCGGGACUCAGGAGCACAUGCAGAAGAAGUUGUCGCAAUUGCAAUCGCAUGCUGACGGUGAGCUUGAGUCUUUGGCUUUGGUGAUUGACGGCAAGUCGUUGACAUAUGCGCUUGAGAAGGACUUGGAGAAGACGUUCUUUGAUCUAACUAUGAUGUGCAAGGCUGUUAUCUGUUGUCGUGUUUCUCCGCUUCAGAAGGCUUUGGUUGUCAAGCUUGUCAAGCGUCACACUAAGUCCCUCCUCCUUGCCAUUGGCGACGGUGCCAACGAUGUCAGUAUGAUCCAGGCUGCUCACGUUGGUGUUGGUAUCAGUGGUAUGGAAGGUCUCCAGGCCGCUCGCAGUGCCGAUGUUGCCAUUGCGCAGUUCCGAUACUUGAGGAAGCUACUUCUCGUCCACGGUGCCUGGAGUUACCAGCGUUUGAGUAAGCUCAUCUUGUACUCUUUCUACAAGAACAUUGCUCUGUACAUGACGCAGUUCUGGUAUGCGUUCCAGAACGGAUUCUCAGGACAGGUCAUCUACGAGUCAUGGACUAUCUCGUUCUACAACAUCUUUUUCACUGCUCUUCCUCCUAUCGUCAUUGGUAUCUGCGACCAGUUCAUUAGUGCUCGUUUGCUCGACCGUUACCCUCAGUUGUACAAGCUUGGCAUCGACGGAACCUUCUUCAACGUACGCAGCUUCUGGUCGUGGGUCGGUAAUGGUUUCUACCACUCCUUGGUUCUGUACCUUUGCUCGAUCGUCAUCUUCCGCUGGGAUUUCCAGGAGGCCGAUGGUGAGAUUGGUGGCCACUGGGUUUGGGGUACUUCCCUGUUCACGGCAGUGCUUGCUACCGUUCUCGGAAAGGCCGCGUUGGUUUCUGAUCUUUGGACCAAGUACACCUACAUCGCCAUUCCCGGUUCUUUUCUCCUAUGGCUCGGGUUUUUGCCUGUGUACGCCAUCGUCGCACCUGCGUUGAACUUCUCAAAGGAAUACAAGGGCAUCAUCCCUCAUCUGUACGGAUCAUGGGUGUUCUAUGUGACUUGGAUCGUUCUACCGACCUUCUGUCUCUUGCGCGACUUUGUCUGGAAGUACUACAAGAGGAUGUAUGCUCCUGAGAAGUACCACUACAUCCAGGAGAUCCAGAAAUUCAACGUUGCGGAUUACCGACCUAGAAUGGAGCAGUUCCAAAAGGCCAUUCGCAAAGUACGUCAAGUUCAGCGCAUGCGCAAACAGCGUGGUUAUGCCUUCUCGCAGGCAGAUGAAGGUCAGGCUAGGUUGAUUCGUGCAUAUGAUACCACUAGGCAGAGAGGAAGAUACGGAGAAUUGCGCGAGGCGCAAGGGAAUGGACAUUAGUACCUAUGCCUGAAGACAUUGAUCGUCUCACGGUUGGUUUAUCUUGAAAUCGUCAAAUUAUCGUAUAUUCACUCCUCGUGCGUAUCUUUCUUGCCAAUGUCGACCUUUACGGCCGGUCACUGCCACUCGCCGCAUAUCUUGGGUGAAGAUGACUGCGUGCGACGCAAGCAGUGUGGGAAGCUCGCCGGCGGUAGACCUUGUGAUCUGGACAAGGUUGUCUCGGUUGCUGUUUGCUAACAACGAGUCGUUAUCGUGUUGUUCUUGCAGGUCCUGGUCACGGU